UAUCUCGACUUAUUCUAAUAUAAAUCAUAGCAACACUGCGCCAUAAGCUUCUGUUGGGGACUCAUUUCUCCUCUGACUGCCUGGCCCCGUGAACUACAAACUCCAACCGGAAGUUGUCAAAGGCUCUGUGACAAACAGGAGAGAUGAGACUUCCUCUUGGCUCCUCUUGCAUCCUCACGAGUUUGUUCCCACACAGGCGGCAGGCAUCGAACCCGCAGAGGCGAGGCCUGAGCGCUGCUGCAAUGCGUCUGGUGCAGUUUGUACGCCGCGGUGCCAGUGGGGGCGUCCGGGUGGGAGUGGAGCAAGGCGCCGGAGGGCUCGGCGUGGUGGAUCUGAAGGCGUUUGACCCCUCCAUGCCCUCCACAAUGAGAGAGCUGCUGCAGCUGGGAGACGAGGGUCUGGAGUGUGCUCGGAGGGCCCUGUCGUCCGGUCAGUGUGUGGUGGAGCGCUCAGACCUCCAGCUGCUGUCUCCUGUGUUGGCCCCGGAGAAGGUGGUGUGUGUGGGAAUGAACUACAGGGACCACUGCCUGGAGCAGAACGCACCGAUCCCCAAAGAACCCAUCAUCUUCAGCAAAUUCCCCAGCGCCCUCACAGGGCCGUACGACGACAUCAUUCUGCCCUCAGAGAGCCAGGAGGUGGACUGGGAGGUGGAGCUGGCCUUUGUGAUCGGACGAGGAGGAAAACACAUCAAGGAGGAAGACGCUCUCUCCCACGUGGCCGGCUUCACCGUGGCCAACGACGUCAGCGCCCGCGACUGGCAGAUGAAGCGCAACGGGAAGCAGUGGCUGCUGGGAAAAACGUUCGACAGCUUCUGUCCCCUCGGCCCGGCCUUAGUGACCAGGGACGCUGUGGGAGACCCGCACAGCCUGGCGGUCCGCUGCCUGGUCAACGGAGACACAGUCCAGAGCAGCAACACGGAUCAGAUGAUCUUCCAGACGGAGGCGCUGGUCGCCUGGGUUUCAAAGUUUGUGACUUUGACUCCAGGAGAUGUUUUCCUGACUGGCACUCCUCCCGGCGUGGGUGUGUUCAGAAAUCCGCCCGUAUUUCUCAAGAAAGGAGACGUGGUGGAGUGCCACAUCGACCAAUUAGGCUCCAUCAUCAACAAGGUGGUGUGAACUGCUGACGGCAGCAGGAGUCCAUGAAGGCACGUCGGCUGCUAAAGUUCCACACAAUUACUAUUUCUAUAAGUUUCAUUAUUGACUUGUCUUCCGGUGGGAUGUUUUAUUAUUGGGAAUGGUUUUGUUUGCGAUACUAGAGUAAUUGCGAGGGAGGAGCCCUUGGUAUUUUUACUUGGUACAAUUACGUGACUCAGUGUGCUGUUUACAGCUUGACCUGACGAUCAUCGCCAGCUGUAAAAAUCCCCUCGAUGAGCAGCCACCCACUCGGGCUACAGAGAACAAACUGAGAACCUGGGCAUCUGCUAAUGUAAAAAAAGAACACAAUUUAAAUGAUGCUGGUAUACAAAACAUUUAGCUAACUAACUUGGAUUUAAGAAGAAAAAAAAGAGGAAUUUAUGCUAAUUAGAAGUGCCCACUUUUAUUGCCUGAUAACUUUGAUCUUUUAUUCUUUGGCACCAAAGUUGACAUUUUUCACCUUUUUAAACAACUUAAUGCAAGGUGACUUUCAAGCUGGUAAAUAUUUUUGAGAAAUUAAAUUAAUCUCAAGACUUGGUCUCAAGGACAUUUCUGCAGGUUAACACACUGUUUGAGGGGGAAGAACUUUAGGUCAUUGGGUUUCUAUGCUCCACUCUCAAAGUGUAACGCUGGGUUCAAGGAUACUGGCACCGUGAGGUGGAUGACACACAUUGGUAAUGGGCGGUGUUGCUUAUAUAUAGUCUAUUCUAAUUGUGAUGGACCAAAUAAAGACUUCGUAGACCGGUUCAACGACACUACAAACUACAUUCAACCCCUCUGGAACCAUGUAAGCUGGAUUACUGAUGGAAGGCCGUAUUAAACUGAAUGACAUGUUUAAAGAAAGCAGUAUGUCAGUCUGCAUUAUUAUACACAAACAUGAACUUGCAGUUUUUUGGAUGCUGGAUUUGGUCGACCUGCUGUCAUCUGGGGUCCCUGCUUGCUGCUGUGAGGCUUUGACACCGGGUGGCGGUAGAGUUUCA